GAAAAAAAAUUAAUGCUAGUCAACUCAAGCAGCCCAAUCCGUGGCGCCCAGGUUUGUGUUCUCCACCGGUAAACCAUCCAUUGAGAUCUACCGUCGCCGUAGUCGGCCUUCGACGGGACAGAGCAAGCGGAGGGAUAGUAGAGCAAAUCUGAAUCUCAAAUCUCUCUAUAUGGUUCUUAGCGAAAACCCUAGUACAGAUCGAUGUCCUCCGAUGAAAUCUCGAGGGAGGCCAUCAAGCGGGCCAUCAAAUCUCUCCACAAGAGGCAUUUGCUCGAGGAAGGCGCACACGCACCGGCUGUUGCCGCUCUAGCCAGGCCUUUCGCAGCCCAGGGAUUAGAAUGGAAAGAGAAAGCUGAUAAACUUGAAUUGGAGCUGCAACAAUGUUACAGAGCUCAGUCACGAUUGUCUGAACAGCUUGUUGUAGAGGUGGCUGAGUGUAGAAGCUCAAAAGCUGUUGUUCAAGAGAAAGAAUCAUUAAUGACCAGUCUGCAAAAUGAAAUGACCCAUACAAGGGAAGAGAACUCAAAACUUAAAGAGAGUCUAGAUUUGAAAACCGAAGCUUUAGAUUUGGCUGUCACUGAGAACCGGGCACUUAAAGGUCAGUUAGCAGAUGUGAUGCAGAAACUAAAAGAAGCAGAGGCUGAGAGCAAGAACUUGAUUGAUCGUUGGAUGCUGGAAAAAAUGAAAGACGCAGAAAAACUAAAUGAGGUUAAUGCUCUGUAUGAGGAGAUGAUGCAACAAUUAAAGGUAAGCAGCAUUGAACAGCUUGCCCGACAGCAGAUAGAUGGUGUGGUUCGGCAACGGGAAGCAGGUUAUGAUGAUUUUGUGGAGUCAAUGGUUCCUUCCUCAUGCAAACAUGUUAUAAAUUGUCAUGAUGGAGGGUGUGGUUCCAUAUUAUUUGAGCACAAUUCAAACAGGCUUCUCACCGGCGGCCAGGAUCGUACAGUGAAGGUUUGGGAUGCCAACACUGGAAUCUUAAGCAACACAUUUAGGGGCAGCGUUGGUUCCAUUCUUGACCUUGCCGUUACUCAUGAUAACAAAUUUGUGAUUGGGGCAAGCAGUUCUAACAAUCUGUGUGUGUGGGAAUCAUCUACAGGCCGCAUUCGUCACACCCUUACAGGCCAUACUGAUAAAGUGUGCAGUGUGGAUGCAAGCAGAAGCUCUGCCCGGAAUGUAGUAAGCGCAGCUUAUGAUCAUACCAUCAAAGUCUGGGAUCUGCAGAAGGGUUACUGUUCACACACUAUUAUUUCAGUAAGUAAUUGCAAUGCACUUGCCUAUAGUUCUGAUGGGCUUACUAUAUGCUCGGGCCAUGUUGAUGGCAACCUGCGUUUGUGGGAUAGUCAAUCCGGGAAGCUGAUGAGUGAGGUUGCAGCUCACUCACAGGCAGUCACAUCUGUCUGUGUGUCUCCUAACGGUAACAUAGUCUUAACAAGUGGAAGGGAUAAUGUGCAUAAUUUGUUCGAUGUAAGAACUUUGGAGGUUUGUGGUACUUAUAGAACUACUGGAAACCGAGUUGCAUCGAACUGGAGCCGCUCAUGCAUCAGUCGUGAUGAAAAUAGUGUGGCAGCGGGCUCUGCUGAUGGUUCUGUUAGUAUUUGGUCGAGGUUGAAGUCUGAUAAGGUGAGCGUUCUUGAUGGACAUACUUCACCUGUUCUUUCAUGUACAUGGAAUGACCUUGGUCGAUCUCUGGCUUCUGCUGAUAGGAAUGGAACUGUUUGUAUAUGGGUGUGAUAGUUUUUUUUUUUUUUACCCUCAUUAUUCUGUGUAUUUUGCUUGAUAAUUUGAUUUGUUGGCCUUCGGCUCUGAUUGCUUCAUUUAUCAUAACAAUGUAUAAUUACUUCCUCUUUUUUUUAUCAUUGUUUCAACGAUAUUAAAAUGUUUGAUAUGAACUUGGCCGUUGCAUGUAUGGGAUUGCAGCAAUUAAAUUUACAAUGUAUUUUAUGUACUGAAGGAAAUUAAGAAGAUUCCAUUCAAGCCACAA